GAUGCAUUGCGGUAUAGAAUCAACAAACCGCUUCGGGUCAGACAACACUAACGGAUCGAAUUUUCAGUGGCCCCGGUGUCUGCGCGGAUGGAGAACAGAAGCAUUUAACUGGUUAUUUGGUAAACAAGCUGAUUAGCGAAUAUGAGUAGCGGGAUAAAUGCUUAUGAAGGGAUGGUGAAUUAUACAGACGCACAGGGCUUCAGUGGUUCACCUGGACUCAACCUAUUUUACCACGGUAAGUUCAACUUUCUGUUCAGUCGAGGAUGAACCCGAUGACGCUGUUGUUCACAGGCUAAGUGACUUUAACUGAACUCGAAAACCAAGCAACAAAGACUGGGAUUUACUUGUCUUUGACAGAACAAAUUCAGAAUUACCCUUCUCAUCUUCUGAGUGACUGAAAAAGCAGGAAGGGCCACGGUGAUCAGUUAUCACUGGAAGUGUACAAAUGCAAGGCAAGGACAGUAUAAUCAGCAUGCGUGGUUAGAGAUUUUGUACUCUAAAGUUCAUCGCUAGUCUUCGGCAACUUUGGGCCCAUGUGAACCCUGGAGUUUUUCACUGGCGAAGCGUGUGGUCAGUGUUGGCAAGUCGGCAACCACAGUUGCCCCGCCUUCAGAAUGGAUUGGAGGUGUCUUAUGGGUAACCGGACGACAUUUUGAAUUUCGAAAAGAUAGAACUCAAUAUGAUCGCUAGAAAAAAGAAAUAAAACCCAGGAAAAAAGUCAUGCCGAGCAACUCGCCGACUGUCUUCCCGCCGCUACGGCGGACUUCACCCCAGCAGCGCGCCAGGACGGCCCACACCGAGUCCUCCUUGCCCCUGGCCGGGAGCGCCCGCGUCUCCACUCACCCCUUGCUGCCUCCUCACCACAUGAUGAGACGGCAUCCCCAUCACCACAGGCAACACCACAUGCACCCCCAUCACCACUUCUCACCACAGACGCAUCGCCGUCACAUCUCGGAUACCUCGCGGGCCGCUUGCUCUUCGGCCACAGAUCACAUCGUGGAGCUCUGUGACGCCCCGGAAUUGCCCGAAAUCUCAGAGCUACUAAGGCAGGGUGCUGCGAGUCGCGCAACCAUCGUGCAGAUGAUCGAGCAAGGAAUAUGUCGUACAUCCUUCACCGAUGUACAGAGGUUUCCCGCCAUCCACCCUUCCAUUAUGAGUGCCCGAAUGGAAAAAAUCGUUCGAUAUAUCACCUUCGUGACAGCACCGCCAAUUGAGAGGCGAGCGCCGAAAGACCGGCCAAAGUCAUGGGACAGAAAGGCCUACAAGCCACUAGGCCCCGAGGAAUGCUUUCGCUGUCAGCUUCAAACUGAACACGCCGUUUGCGAGCGACACAAAUAUCUGCGAGUUGGCGGCGGUUUUCGCCACAGUUACUGGUACAUCAAGCAGACGAUGGACAUCGUUGAAGCGGAACAUCGCAAGGUUGCUGAGGAGGUCCGCGAGAGGUACAUGGCAGAGUUAGCAUCGAAGGCGAGACAAGCUCAGACAAGGCGUAGGAUCAAGACGUACGUGCGAGGGGCAGACGGCAAGGUGGUCAGCCGGUACUGCUUCGUGACAGAGGAAGAAUACCAAGAGAUGAAGAAGGACCUCAAGCUGGCCAAGAAGAUCCUGGGCGUGGCUGAGGAUGAAGAACUGGAGGACUGGGUCAGCUCCAAGCGGAAAUACGUCAUGGACGAAAAGGGCGAAAUCGUCAAAGUUUCUAGGCGGAAAAUUGGAGACAGUGCGUACGAGGAGAGUAUUGAGAGCGCGGACGUUAACAACAACUACUACUAUGGGAAGGAUGGCCGAAGAAGGGGGCGGCGAGGGCGCCACCACCGUCGGUACAGCGACAGCGACAGUUUCGAGAGCGGCAUGGGAAACAGCAUCCUGGAGGAAGGCGAAGGAGGGCAUCGGCGGAGGAGGCGGUACAAUAGAGGGCGCCACGGCUCCAGCGGCCGCUACUCCUCCGUGGAAUCGGUCGAGUCCUACGUCAGCGCAGGCGGCACCCGAAGAGAGCGUGUAGUGCGGCGACGCAGGCGGCGACGUAGUUCGGAUUCCUACGAGAGUUCGUAUUAUGAAGACAAAGACGGUAAAAUGCACAGGCGCCGGAGACGGCAUCGUCGCCGCUCGUACAGCGGUAGCGACUCGGGCACCGGGCUGGAUAGCGACGACAGCCGGUACCGCGAUGGCAGGCGGCGGGGAGGUCGACACGGCCACCACCGCGGCCACGGACGACAUCAUCGUGGACGGCACCACGACGACUACAGCGACGAGUACAGCAGUGGGUCGAGCUACGACAGCCGGGACGGCAGCGGGGGCAGGCGAAGAGGGAGACGGCACCGAGGAGGCAGAAGAAGGCGAUACGACAGCAGCUACUCCGAUGACAGCGACGAGGAUUCGCAUUCCAGGAGGAGGCGAGGAGGCAGGAGACAUCGGCGGAGACACAGGUCAUACUCAGAUGAAAGCGAUCUGAGUUGCGAGGAUGCAGAUGGCAGGAGGCGGUCUAGACGACGAAGAGGGCGCCACCACAGGUCGAGGCAUCGCAGCGGACAUUCUUCAGAUUCGUCUGACUACACGGGUAGCAGUGAUUCACGAGUAGGGGACAGACGCCACCACCGACGGCGUCACCAUCGCCGUGGCCGUGGUAGCCCCGAUGACGGAAGCUGGUCGGACGAGUCCUCGGGCGGUGGCGAGGGCGGGCGGGGUCGCCGUAGGGGGCGCCGUCGCCGCCGCCGACGCGACAGCGACGACAGCGGGACAUCGCUGGAUGACGAUGAUUACGACGGGAGGGCGGAGCCCGAGGGCGCCGGAGGCGGAGAAGGAGACACCAGCGAUCCGGCAGUUAUUCAGACAGUUAUUCGGGUUCGGAUGAUGGGUCUGGAGAUAGGAAGGGGCGUGGCCGCAGGGCAGAGGCACAGAAGACACCGCUACUCAGAUGACAGUGACGCAAGCUACUACAGUGAUGACGACGACAGCGCCGACAGGCGAGGUCGAAGGAGGAGGGGCAGGAAGGGCGGGGGCAAAAAAAGUGGCGGAGGUGGACGUAGACGACACCGAGGUGGUGGCAGCAACAGCGGAGGCUACGACUCCAGGGACUACUCCAGCAGCGAAGGAUCAUACUCAUCGGGCAGUUCCUAUUACAGCUCCGACGACUUUUCCUCCUCUGAGUCGCUGCCGGUCAGCUCGGAGGUCAGCGACGCUAGCGACCCCAGCAGCGUGCACUCCAGCGACAUCUCCGACAUCGACAGCGCUCUGGACGAGGAAGAGCGGCAGCGCGUCAAGGCACAGAAGAAGGCGCGCAAGCUGGAGGAGAAGCGGGCGGCUAAGCAGCAGCAGAAGGUGGAAGCCCGGAAGGCCGCUCGGGAGGUCAAGAGAGAACAGAUUAGGCAGGAGAAGAAGGAGCAGAGGCGGGAGAGGAGGAGAGAGAGACGGGGAGACGACGGCGAAGGUCGAAGCAGGGGAAGGGGCAGGGAUAGACGGGACAAGAAAAGGCGUCAUCACACGCCGACCAGUCGCUCGGUGAGCGCCUGCAGUAGCGUCUCUAGUGUUCACAGUGACGAGAUCUCGGAUGUAGACAGCGCUCUCGUCGGCGAGGAAAGAGAACGCGCUAUCGAGGCCAAGAAAACCAAGAAGAAGGCGGAGAAAAGGGUGGUUAAGCAGAAGGAGAAGGUGGAGAAGGUCCAGGAGGAACACAGACAGAAAAGGCGAGAAAAGGAACAAAAAAGGAUGAAACGCGAGAUUGAGCGAGAGAUGGAGCGGAUGAGCACGCCGAGCGACAUCAGCAGCGUACGAAGCAGCGACGUGUCGAGCCUGAGCGAUGCCGAAGAGCUGACGGAGGAGCAGCGGGCCCUAAAGAAGGAGGAGAAGAAGCAGAAGAAGAAGGAAGAAAAGAAGAAAGAGAGGAAGAUGUUAAAGGCUGUACAAAAGGUCAUGGCUAAAAGGAGAAAUCGCAGGGGAUCUGGCUCUUCCGACGAUUCCUAUGCUAGAGGGAAGCAGGAUUUCUACGACCUCCCACCGGAAGUGCAAAAAACAAUGGUGAAAUACUCAAAGGGCAGUAAACGCCGUUUCUUGGAGGAAGAAGGGAUGCAGUGGCUAGACGACUGGAAAAAUAAAAAGGAACGUGAAAAAAGAAAACGGGAAAGAAAGAAAAACAAGAAGGAAAAGGAAGAAUUUACAGGCGAGACGGUAGAAUUGCGGGCGCCCGACGGCCGGGUCAUACGUGUGCCCAAGACCAGCAUGUACGACGUGUGGAAGCAGGCCCGGAAAAUCCGGCUAAAGAAGGACGGCACGGUGGCCCGCGACAGCGACUCGGACGCUGAGUCCAUCGAGCUGGACUCAGAGGGCAACAUGGUCAACCAGCCCAAGACUGUAGAGCUGAAGGACCCCAGCUACUAUGUCAAGUGGGAGGGGUUCGCCGAGACUCCCGAACCGCCUGCCACGCCCACACAGGGCGGCAAGAUCAAGUUCCAAGGCGUGCGUAAGGUACAACAUGCUUUUCGUAAGGACAAGGGUUUCUUGGCUGAUCAUCUGCGAAAGGUCCUGGACACUGCCUCGGAGCUAAGUGACCCUAAGCCGGGAGAACGUGGAGAUGCUAUCGGUGGCCGUGACAGGGGUGCUUGGGAGUCUGUUGAUUUUAUCAGCCAUUUCCGACUGGUGGAGAGUUACAAGUUGGAUCCACUAGGCAGGGCGUUUGUGGUUGAAGACGAGGACUACGACUGCUCCCUGAAUGGCCAGGAGAUGCGUUCUGCUAUAGAGGGCGUACCUUUUCUUUCAUCAAUCAAGCCAAAGCAACUGGAAUACGUACUCAAAGUACUGAACAUCGAUGACCAUAGCGCUGUUAGCUUCAAGAUGUUUGCUGUUGUGGCAGGGGUGUGCGAGAGAAUGUGCAACAUGGACUCCUUCGGCAAGUACAUUUUGGACAAAACUGACCUGCUGGAUAUUGCCCGCAAGAUGGCGCUGUACAAGUCUAUUUUCUAUUGCAACGUGAACUCUGAGCGAAGCGAGAACCACAUCACCGCGGAGUCCCUGCGGAUCGAGCUGAUGGCAGGUGGGCUGAACAGGGAACAAGAACGGUACAUCAUGUCCAAGAUGAAUCCUAAUGAAUAUGGAGAGAUUUCCUUCUUUGACUACAUGGCCUACAUCCCACUCUUCCUCUCCAUGCACGAGAACAUUAUCAACAACCCGCUAGACCGGCAAGAGAAGUACACCAGGCUGGACCGGGCCGAGGUCCAGCGGGACAUGAACCCACUGGGCCUGCCAUUGCAGCGCACGUACCUUAACGCCCCGAAGGAGAUCUUCCCAUCUGGCAUCCCGGUGAUGCGGAUGGGCGAGGACAGGGCACCAGCCCCGGUAAGGGAAUUCAUCGAGAGGGGAGAACUGCUGGACGGUGCCCCGGUGGGAGGGAAGACCGGAAGACUGCCAAGCAUCAUUCAGAAGUCUUCGAGUCCAAUGAGCGCCAAGAGGGGUGGACGGGGCAAAAACGUCUCCAUGUCCCUACCCUGACGUUCCCACAGAAACCAAAACACGGUCUUUGAAACCAUACUGAAAUUCUAACCUCGUAGAUCUCUUCAACAGCUGCAGACACUGACAGAAGACAGAUUUGAAUGAACUUGAAGGGGACGGGUGGUCUUAACUCUUAAAAUGACGAGGUUGAAAAGAUGAAUUUUCCAUAAUUGAAAUUUAAGAAAUCGGUGGUCAACAACAGACUUGCUUAAUACAUGACUACAGAUCCGCUGGGGAAGUACCAAUCCGGAAUCUUCUAAGAUCUUCACGUCAAGGUUUAUGGUUACUUUUCUUUGCAAACGUUGCCGUGGAAUCGAAAAGCAAAACCCUAAAAACGAUGACAAAUCGCUCCAAUUAUGCCAGAAUAAGAAAGCGUUGCUAUUUAGAUUUAGUUUAAAGAUAGCUCUGGGCCUUGAAAUUGACGAAAGCUACGCAUCUAGUCUACGCAGUUGUGUUAAACAAGAACUCUUUUUCAAAACCUUGGCACUUCGUUUUUUAUUGAGUAGAUUUUGAAUAGCACGUAUCGAAAAGGUCUUGAACCCAAUAUUUCCUGUUUGCGUGGUCACUUUCCAUUGAGUACUAUGUCAAAUCAAUUUCCAAAUCGUCAUUUUGUUAUCUGGAUAAUGCCGAUCAAUACAUCUCAGUUAAAAAGGUAAUGUGGUUUUUAAGGCUUUUAACAUUUUGAAGAAAAACAUUUGAGGUGCAACGUUUUACUUUUUGUGCAAUAGCCUUCAAUACAAAUGCGUGUCUUGCUCGAUUGAACCAAGUGCAGUGUUACAUUGUGUGCCGUUAAAGAAACGUUUUUAACUUUGAUUUUGUUCCAGUGUAAACGGAGAUAAUUGUAGCCCGUUUGGUAUUUCUCAAAGAUUAAAAAUGAGACAAACGGGGAUUAGCUUGCUAUGUAAAAAGUAAGGACCGUUUCGAAUGAUUUCGUAAUAAAAGACAAAAAUACGUGCAGUCGUAAAAUCUAAGAAA